AUGCGGAAGGUCAGCGACCUUCGUGUCCCCAAGAGCUACAAAGAGGCCAUGGCGUCGGAGCACCGGCACCUUUGGAGCGACUCUAUGCAAAGGGAGUUUUAUGGCUUGUUGGAAGCGGGGACUUUUACUCCGGCGAAGAUGUUGGCUGCUUUGGCGUGCGAGUUGAACCUCGACUUGUGUCAUUUCGAUGUUGAGCAAGCUUUUGUGCGUUCGGAGUUGGAGGAAGACGUGUACAUGCGUUUGCCGCAGGGAUGUGGAGCUCUAUCAGGAAUGAUUGUAAAACUAGGCAAGAGUCUGUAUGGCUUAAGACAGGCAUCUAGGCAGUGGCAUGCAAUGCUGAAGAGGUGUUUGGUGGCGUUAGGAUUUGAGCAGUGCAUGGCCGAUGCUUGUGUGUUUCGUUUGAUUGAGGAUGGAUGUGUUGUUUUGAUUUUGGUUGUACAUGUAGAUGACAUCUUUGCUGUUGGAGAGAGGGAGAGAUGUGAUAAGUUUGGCGCUGACCUUAACAAGUCCGUGCCAGUGAAGAACCUGGGAGAGUUGAGAUGGUAUUCUGGGUGCUUUUACGAGAGGAAUAAGGAGACCGGUAGGUUGACGAUUUCUCAGCAGACUUUCACGGACGAGCUAGCAGCAGAAUAUGGAGUAGUGGGAGGUAGGAGCGUUCCGAUGUCUUCGGGUGUGAAGCUUUCUGAUUUUGAUGCGGAUGAGGUGGCGACAGAGUUUCCGUUUCGUGAGCUGGUAGGAUCGUUGAUGUGGCUGGCGACUCAGACUAGACCAGACAUUGCGAAUGCAGUAAGGGCAGUAGCUAGGUAUUGCGCAUCUCCGAAGCUGGUACACUGGAAUGCAGCGAUGGAUAUUUUGGGCUAUGCGAGGAGGACGAGUCACUUUGGUAUUUCGUUUCAGAGAGGUACGGUAGAGGGAUUCAGCUUGCAGGGAUACGCUGAUGCGGACUUUGCAAGCAAGGCAGCAGACCGUAGGUCGGUAUCAGGGGGGAUCGUGACGUGUGGAGGAGGCGCUGUGUCUUGGUUUUCCAGAACGCAAAAAUGCGUCACGCUUUCGACGACAGAAGCAGAGUACGUCGCGCUAGGCGACGUAGUGAAGGAGAUUUUGUUUUUGAGGCAGAUUUGGCGUUUCAUGUUGCCGCAGGUCGGCAUGCCGUGCAUCCCCGUCUUCGAGGACAACCAGGGGGCGAUUCAACUAGCGCAGAACCCCAUCUCAAACUCGAACUCGAAGCACAUUGAUGUAAGGCACCAUUUUCUCAGGGAACUGGUAGAGAGGAAGGAGAUUUCGGUGAUUCACGUGCCGUCUCCGUACCAGCGUGCAGACUUUCUUACGAAAAGUUUGCCCAAGGAUGCGUUCGAGUCUCACCGUGAUUUUGUGAUGAAUUUGGCAUGA